UCUAUAAAUACCAUACCUCCUCCUCACUUCUUCACAACCCAAAAUCUCCCAUUUGCAUCAUCUUUCUUAGUCUUCCCUCUUCAUCAAUUACUUUUUUUUUUUUCUCACUUUCCAAACACUUUUUACAGAAUCAUGGGUGUGUUCACAUACGAAACCGAGAUCAACUCUGUCAUCCCUCCUGCUAGGUUGUUCAAUGCCUUUGUUCUUGAUGCUGACAACCUAAUCCCAAAAAUUGCACCACAGGCAGUUAAGAGCACUGAGAUCCUUGAAGGAGAUGGAGGCGUUGGAACCAUCAAGAAAAUUAACUUUGGUGAAGGUAGCACUUACAGCUAUGUGAAGCACAGAAUUGAUGGGAUUGACAAAGAGAACUUCGUGUACCAGUACAGUGUGAUCGAAGGAGAUGCAAUCUCUGAGACAAUUGAGAAGAUCUCCUAUGAGACUAAGUUGGUGGCAUCUGGCAGUGGUUCUGUCGUCAAGAGCACCAGCCACUACCACACCAAGGGAGAGUUUGAGAUCAAGGAAGAGCAUGUCAAGGCUGGCAAAGAGAAGGCCUCUCAUCUCUUCAAGCUCAUUGAGAACUACCUCUUGGAACACCAUGAUGCCUACAACUAAAUAUUCAUAGCUUUAUUACUUGGUGAUAUUCAAUCUUAUGUCCUCUUUGGCAUCAAAUAAUGGUGUGGUUUUUUUUUUUUUUUCCUUCUUCAUUUCUUUCCAAAACCGUGUUUGGCUUGUGCUUGGAGCUUUGGUUUGAAGAUUGAUUAAUACUAUAUUUUCUUUAGUUUCCAAUGAAUAAAAUGAAAAUCAUGGAUAUAUGAUGAUAUUUGCAA